UAAAGAGAGUUUGCAUGGUGAAUUCGUCGAAGUCAUCAUUGAGCGACUAGAGAAAUGGAGAGCAACAAGGCCCUUCUUCUUCUUCUUCCACUCAUUUUCUCUCUUUUCAUCAUUGAAAAAUCCAUGGCAUCCCGAAUUCUGCCCGAGAAUAAUUCUCCUCCUCCUCCUACAGACAAGGACGGCAGUAGGAUCCGCGUGAACGGGAGCGUGCCAGACAAGGAUGGCUCAUGGAACGGCGACGGUUCGGACCAGAGGAUGGUCCUGGUGCCUCCGCCCGCAACAAAGACCACAAUGUCGCAGGCAGGCCAACCGAACAUGUCUGCGAGCGCCGUUGUGGUCGCCCCGACCAAUGCCAAAGUCGAUGUGGCGACUGCCGUUUCUCCCACGAGUGCCACCUCGAAAGCGAGCGUCACUAGCAGUAGCAGAACUUCAAGCACCAGCGCCACUAGCGGAGGCACCGUCUCGAAAUCCAGCUUCACUUCCGUCGGUCAAAGCAGCAGCGCCACUCUUACUAAACAUCCUUGAUGAUGAUUGUUGUUUUCUUUUCUCUCUUCUGGGGUUGUUCUCUCUCUUGUUUGAUUGAAGUAAUGCAUUCUUUCGUAGAGUCGUGUCAAAAUGAGUUCUCAUGUAAGGUUGUUCUCAAUAUUAAUGUGAAUGUAUAUGUUU